AUGGCCUCCCGCCUGACCCCCUUUCCCUGCCGCCCGACCGCCGCCAUCCGCCGCGUCCUCGCCAGCCGAUGCUCGCCCGCUCUCCCUCGUCGCCUGUACUCAUCCGAACCGCCUCGUCCCGACCCAAGUGGUGGUAGCUCUGGAGGCUCUGGCAACCGCAACCGGAUCAAGUUUUGGCCCUUUGUGGGAAUCAUUGCUUUGGGCUCCGCUGGCUACGUCGCCCUAGUUAACCGUCGAAAGGAAAUGCCUCCCGCAACAGAAACCCCCUCGCUUCCGGCCCCCUCCAAGCCCACGCCCGCCUUCUCGCCCGAUGACGUGACCGUCGUCUUCGUCCUCGGCGGGCCCGGCGCUGGCAAGGGCACCCAGUGCGCCCGCCUCGUCGCCCAGCACGGCUUCACCCACCUCUCGGCAGGCGACCUGCUGCGCGCCGAGCAGGAGCGCCCGGGCUCGCAGUUUGGCGACCUCAUCCGCAGCUACAUCAAGGACGGCCUCAUCGUCCCCAUGGAGGUGACGGUCCAGCUGCUCGAGAACGCAAUGACGGACGCCCUGCGCACCAAGCCCAAGGGCCGCUUCCUCAUCGACGGCUUCCCCCGCAAGAUGGACCAGGCCCACCGCUUCGAGGAGGCAGUCUGCCCCGCAAGGCUUGUCCUCUUCUAUGACUGCAACGAGCGCGUCAUGCAGGAGCGCCUGCUCGAGCGCGGCAAGACGAGCGGCCGCGCCGACGACAAUGCCGAGAGCAUCCGCAAGCGCUUCCGCACCUUUGUCGAGACCAGCAUGCCCGUCGUCGACUACUACGACAAGCAGGGCAAGGUGGUCAAGAUUGACGCCACCGCUACCCCGGACGCCGUCUUCGCCGAUACGCAGAAGCGCCUCACCGAAAAGCUUGGCUCCUCCUUCUGA